CCCCGUCUGGAUUCAGGAUUCUCAUUUUGUAAACAAUGGGAUUAUUGACAGCUGCAGUUGUUGCGACGGUAGGAGCAGGGGGGGCGGUGGUCGCUGCUCCUCUUGUCCUCGGGGCUGUAGGUUUCACCGCAGCUGGGGUAGCAGCAAGCUCCUACGCUGCAGCCAUGAUGUCGUCUGCUGCAAUUGCUAACGGAGGAGGAGUAGCUGCAGGAAGUCUGGUGGCUAUUUUGCAGUCCGCAGGCAUGGCUGGUCUGUCUGCAGCCGCCGCUGGAACUGUGGGCGGGGGUGGGGGCACAAGAGGGUUUAAUAAUCUGAGGAGAAGCUGA